UCUUCUGCAGCGAUCGGAAGCUUUUAAAAAAAAAACCAAGACGAGUCACGUUUUUAUUCCUCGGUGUUUUUUUCUCUCCCCCUCUCUCCUUUCUUCUCGGUCGGUAUUAUUAUUAUAGCCUCUUUAUUAUUUGUCUCCCCUUCCCUCCCUUUUUUUCUUUAUCUCCCUCUUUUUUUCCUGUUAUCUGCUGCUGCUGACCGUGAGGAGGAAUAAUAAUCUCUCUCUUCUUCCUCCUCUUCCUCUUCUUCCUCCUCCUCUCUCUACCACAAAGUUGAGCUAUAGCUUUUUUUUUUUUUUAGCUUAGCCACAGGAGCUAACCUGCUAACUAGCUUUGCAGGUUGCUGCUGUUUUGUUUUGUUUUUGUUGUUUUUUUUAUAAUCAGCGAACAUUUUUCGAGGGUGUCGUCUUGUAAACUCACUUCUUAACUCACCCUGCGAGGUAGACUAUUACUAAUCGCAGCUUUAGGGUGUGUUUUUUUGUGUUUUGCUUCCAUAUUAGCCUGCUAGCUCUCUCUAUAUAAUACUCUGCGUAUUUAGCCUGGAAGCCAAACUUGCAGGCCUCACAUAUCAGCUGCAGCUCUUCCACCAGCUCCACCAACACUUUGCAUUGACGGUGCAAGCCAGAGUUGACAGCUUCUUUGGUGACACAGAGACUUCUCCCUGAGGAGCCAAGAAGCAGACGGCUCAUGACUUCUGACCAGGACACAAAAGUUGUCGCUGAACCACAGGUGCAGCAAGUACAAGAGGCAAAAGAGAGCUCUCAUUUGGAAUCCGCCAAGGUUUCAGACCUCAACCCCAAUGCGAAAGCAUGGGCCAACCACAUGUUUAGCCUGGACCCCAGCGGGAGUGCCGACACCACAACUGCUGCCCUGCAGCCAUGGAAGGAAGGCUGCGAUAGCUCGGCCGACCCCGGCCCAGAAGGCUAUGAAGCCAGUGAGGACAAGGCUUACAAGGAGCCUCUACUAACCGACCCAGAUGAGCCUCCACCGGUCCCAGUAAUGCUGGCCGAGCCGGCCCCCGCGGCCCCAGUGGCCCCUGCGCCCCCCGCGGCCCCCGUCACCCUGGAGUGCCCCGAGCCGGCCUACACAGAAUACCCCGAGCCCGGGCCGCCUGGGCAAACAGGCAGCGAUCCUCUGCCAGAAAACCUCCAGGAGGGUUUGAGGGAGCAUCUGAAGAAGACUCUGGAGUUCUGUCUCUCCAGGGAGAACCUGGCCAGUGACAUGUACCUCAUCUCCCAGAUGGACAGCGACCAAUACGUGCCAAUCGUGACGGUGGCGAACUUGGACCACGUCAAGAAGCUCAGCACCGACGUCGAGCUGAUCGUCGACAUUUUACGAUGAGGUCGAGGCUCUUUUUAAAGGCGACAACCUUCCCAAGUUCAUCAACUGUGAAUUUGCCUACAACGACAACUGGUUCAUCACCUUUGAAUCAGAAGCAGAUGCACAGCAGGCAUAUCAGUAUCUCCGAGAGGAGGUGAAGACCUUCCAGGGGAAACCUAUUAAGGCGAGGAUAAAGGCGAAGGCAAUCGCUAUCAACACUUUCAUGCCAAAGAACGGUUACCGGCCGGUGGAGGUGAACCCGUACGCUCAGCAGCAGCGCUACACGUCCUACUACAUCCCGCCGGUUUACAGUCCGCAGCAGCAGUUCCCUCUUUACAGCCUCAUCACGCCGCAGGCCUGGUCCACGGCGCACAGCUUCAUCGACCCCGCGCUGGUUGCUCCAUUUCACAACAACCAGUUCAUCAACGGAUUUACCACAUCACACAGUUUCAAACCAGCGACGUCUCCUCUCACUGUCCGACACUACUCACCCAGGAACAGGAAUCACAGUAAACCUCACCUGAGGCCGACCGUCCCGACAGCGGACCGCAGCGCCGGCCUCCUGGACAGUCCGGGUCUGUUCCCCAGCUUCCCCAGCGAGCGGCUCAACGGAGUCCGCAGCAGCCCGCCGACGCGCCUCCCCAACAGCAGCCAGCCCAGAACCAGGUUACCUUCCACCACGGCCUUCCCACGCAGUCACACCGCCGGCACGGGCCGAGUCACCGAGCCCGCCACCACAGACUACUCUCUGAGCAGAGGAAGGAAAAAGAGGGACGAAAAGUUUACAAGAGUGACGCCUCAGUCUCCGCCUCUUGCUCAGAAACCGGAGUCUCCGAACUUGGAGUUUGAUCCCUCCAGCUUCCCGCCGCUGCCCGGAGCGGCCGGACAGCUCAAAACAGACAACGUGUUCGACAACCGGCUGGCGAGCAGCGUCGUCGUCGGGACGGUGAAAGAACGGAAUGUAAGUGCUGAGUCCAGUUCUGGAGGAGUUCUCUCUCCAGCCGGACCCAAAGAGCCUCUUCGGCCCUCCGCCUCCACGAUGCCCACAAGCUUCCAGCCGUCGCCGACGACUCCGACCCCGACCGCCGCUCCGACUCUGACUCCGACCGCCGGGCCUCCGCACAGUCCGGCUCCCUCCCUCGUCCCUGCAGCGGACGUGAAAGUGACGGAGGUGAAGCCGAAGGAGGUGCAGCUCUCCGUGGAGCGAGUCCGCACUUUGUCCACUGCAAGCAAAUCAGUGCAAGUCAACGGAGCUGCAACAGAGCUGAGGAAGCCCUCCUACGCUGAGAUCUGCCAGCGGGUGAAAGACACCUCGACAUUACAGCAGCCGCCGACCCCCAAGGAAGCCAAGCCAGCAUGCACCAACACCACCAACAACACCUCUUCCUCCUCCUCUUCCUCUGCAGCAGGCGAGGACAGGAAGUGCACCGACGCCUCCAUCCCGGCGGGAGAGGCUACUAAAGCCGCCAGAGAGACAUACCCUAAUUCCUCCAAACCUGGCUCAGGAGGAGGAGGAGCAGGAGGAGCAGGAGGUCGACCACCGCGGGAGGCGCGACGGUCGACCGGGCGGUGGGCUUCCCCUCCGCCUCCACAUCCAGGGAAAAACCCCAGCAAAGAUCCCCAUCACACUCCACCCAAAUCUCCCCAGUAGGGCGACUCCUCCUCCUCCUAAUUCCUAAUUUGCUUCCCCCCCCUUCUUCCUCCACCUCCUCCUCUUUCUCCCUUUUCUCCUCCACUUACGCUCUCCAUAGAUGCGUUUAAAUGAAUAAAUUGAAGAAGAAAAAAAACUAAAAAAGGAAAUAUAAGUCAGGGCUACUCGAUACUUAUAAUCCCAGAAUCACCAGUCAAGCAUAGAGGACGCCUUCUUUUCCCGGAUCAGGGCUUGCAGACAAAAAAAAAAGCACUUUACUGUGCAUGUAGAGCACCAGUUUUCAUUCUUUUUAUUCUUAUUUAUUUGCUCUUUUUUCUUAGUUUUAUUUUUGCAUUGCGUCGUUGUGUCAGCCUGCAAGUUGGCACAGACAACACUGAAAUUUAUUCAUUCUUGUCCAACCAAACAGCCUUGUGGGAUUUAAAUUAAGUCUUUAUGUGCUGAAGCAGCGGGGGCAUUGUUGUUGGAAAGUAACCCCCCUCCUCUCCUCCUCUUACCCCCCCCCCCCCCCCCCCCCCCCCUCCUCCUCCCAGUAGAUGAUGGGAAAGAGUGCAUACAACAGACUCCACCUUGUUUGACUCUCAUAGUGAGGGGGUUUGUCUGCAUGUUGAGUUGGCACGACUUAAUGUAGCUUAAUUAUGGUUCAUAAUAAGCAGAUGUCUUUUUUUUCUUUCUUUUUUUUUUUAUAUUACACAUAUUCACAUCCAUAUGCAAAGAUGCAAAGGUUUAACAUCGAAAUCUCAUCACGAGACUCGUAUCCUUCUGUUUAAAAUCGCCUCGAAGUGAUUUUUUUUGUUCGUUUUAUGAUGUUUUUUCAGCUUGUUUUCAUCACUGUUGUCGACUAUCGGUACAGCUACUGCUGGUAAUCGCUGGGUUUUUGUCUUCAUCUUCUUCCUCUUCUUCUUCCUCUUCCUCUAAAUUGUUUUUCUCUCUGGAAAGAAUCGCCUCCCUCUGUUUGCUAACAAUGCUAACUAGCCGGCUACGUCGCCCACAGCUUGUGUUUUUCUUUUCUUUUUUAAAGCGUUGUUUCUCGGAGACUCGGAAGAGCUCGCGCUUGACGAUUAAUACUCGAUUUUUGAGGUGCCUGUCAUCGUCAGCCGACAUUUAUUCAUCCGUGUAAAUGUGUGGAAAAAGGCUGAUUUCUGACGUUUAAUACUGAAAGGGGGGAAGUCAGUUUUUCUUGGCAUUAUGUUGUUUUUUUGUCUUUUUUUGGGGGGGGGGGGAAGCUUCUUAUUAAUUAUCUUAACUGUGGAAUAAAAAUGAUCAGUACAGGUGCAUUACUGUCGGAAGGAGACGCAGUGCUGGUUUCAUGCUGACAUUUUUUAAGUAAGGACGAAGGUGAGGAAACUUUCAGUGGUGGAAGCAGGGGGAGAGAGAAAAAAAGGAAGGAAAAUGAACACUAGCUGCCAAUCAGAUGCCUUGUGAACUUAUGUUGGUCGGUUGAAUAUCUGUUGAGAUAAAAAAAAAAAGGGGGAUAAAAAAAAGGGGUGUUUCCUGCGUGAAAUGCAUCAAAAGAGGUAAAAAUUAAGAUAAAUGUGGAUUUUUUGGGGGGGUUUUGUGGCAGAGAGGCGACAGCGGGGGGGGGGGAGGGGUUUCUCUUCUUAGAUAAUGGUGCUAGACGUCGUUGAAUUCCUGGACUCUUUUAUUUCGACAGCUUAUCCAAAAAUAACUGUAUACGUAGAAGAAGAAAAAAAGCUUGAUUUACACCUUUUUUUUUUUUUUUUUGCUUCGUUAGCGUUUUCUCUCUCUUUAAAGAAUCGCAGGCAAAUAUAUUUCUAGAUACUUGAAGCCGAGGAAAGAAAAGAAGGAGAAAAAAAAGGGAAGAGUUUUUAUAUAAUCAAGAGGAAAUUUAAAAAACGGUGAAGCUAAUUGAGAAAAAAUUCGCUGGAGCCUUUUUUUUCUUUUUUUCGUUGUUUUUGUCGUUUUUUCGUCGUCGUUCUGCCUUUUUUUGUGGAUGCCAGUUGAACACUGUGGUGAAGUUUUUUGGGAGGCAUCUCAUGACUUUAUAGAAGCGUCCAGCUCUCGUUUUGUGUGUUACUGAUGCUCAUUCUUUUAUUUUUAUUUUAUUUUAUUUUGUGUGUGUGUGUGUUUGACGGAGUUGACGCUUUGUAUAAGCAUGCUGUGGUGUUGUUUUGGGGGGUUUUGGAUUUUGAUUUAAAAAUAUCAAUGAUUUUCCAUUGAGAGAUAAAAGAGAAAAGAAAGAAAGAAAGAAAGACAGAGUAAUUGUAUAAACUGAUGAUGAAUAUAUGGAAAGUUUAAGAAGGUUGUAAAGACCUGGAAUAUUUUUUACUAAAGCUAAAAAAAACCCGAUGAAGGUAAAAAUGAUGAGGAUGGGAGGAGUUGGCUGUGUUUUUUUGGGGGAUGUUAUAGGUGCAGUUAUUUGCCACGUUGGGGCACGAAUGAGGCGUUUUUUGUUGGUGUGAACAGUGUCGAACCAAAACAUCCUUUAAAUAUUAAUAAAGUUGUUGUUUGACGA